UCAGGAAUCACCCCGCCAGUGACCUCGGUGAUAUCGCGGGUCCCAGGGACGGGACGGGUUCAAUGGGAUCUGGGGCGACUUUCGGUUCCUCUGGGAAGCCCCACGGGACAUAGCUGAAACAGCGACGGAAGCACAAUAGCGCAAGGUAUUCUGGGAAUCGUAGUCCUCGGCGGCUCUGCGGUCAAGCGAGGGGAAGGGGACGGGGACUACAGACUAUCCCAGAGGCCCGUGCUCGGUGGCCAUGUUUGUAGUCCUCUGUGCGUCGCGAGACACGCUGGAAUUAUAGUUCUCCGACCUCAGGGGUGGGGCAAACGAGGGUCACAGAAUGUCCCAUGGGCUCCGCGGCUGUACGGGGAAAACGGGAUCCGGCUCGAUUUUCGGUGGACCUAAGAAGACAUGAGGAACGGACGGGAAACAAGCGAGGGCGUGUACUACAAUGGAUUCUGGGAAUCGCAGUCCACUACUGCUCCAGGGCCCCGGCUGGGGGAACACAGAAGCGGUCGACUGUGGGCGAGCGCGCACGUGUGCAGGGAGCCGGAGCGUCGGCGGCGCCGGGAAGAAACGCCAUGCUUCCCGCCCUCCUCCCCCUCCUGCUCAUGGCUGCCCUGGCCCCUGCUGCUCGCUCGCGCCCCAACAUCGUGCUCAUCAUGGCAGACGACCUCGGCAUCGGGGACCCUGGGUGCUACGGAAACACGACACUCAGGACGCCACACAUUGACCGUCUCGCCCGGGAAGGUGCGAAGCUCACACAGCACUUGGCUGCUGCGCCCCUGUGCACUCCCAGCCGUGCGGCCUUCCUCACAGGUCGCUACGCUGUGCGCUCUGGCAUGGCAUCACACAACCGUGUGGGCGUGUUCCUAUUCUCAGCAUCAUCGGGCGGGCUGCCCACUGAUGAGGUCACCUUUGCACGGCUUCUGAAGGAGCAGGGCUAUGCCACGGGGCUCGUGGGGAAGUGGCACCUGGGGCUGAGCUGCCGCACGGCCUCCGACUUCUGCCACCACCCUCAGCGCCACGGCUUCGACUUCUUCCACGGCAUUCCCACCACCAACCUGCGGGACUGCCGCCCAGGCUCCGGCACCGUGUUCAUGCCCGCGCUGCGGAUGCUCAUCUACGGGCCACUGUGGGCGCUGGCGGCCGCGGGUCUCACGCUGGCGGUGCUGCGAAUGCUGGGCCUUGUGCACGUGCCCGGGACGGCCUUCCUAGCCCUCGGAAUCAUGGCCGCCACCCUGGGGGCAGCUCACCUCACCUUCCACCUCUGCUUCCGGCCGGCCAACUGCUUCCUCAUGUCGGGCUUCCACAUCGCCCAGCAGCCCACCAACUACACUGGGCUUGGACAUGGGCUUGCUGAUGAGGCCACAGGAUUCCUGCGCAGGCACGCGCACACGCCCUUCCUGCUCUUCCUGUCUCUUGUGCAUGUGCACACUGCACACUUCGCGGGACCCGACUUCUGGGGAAAGAGCCGGCACGGAGCUUAUGGGGAUGCAGCUGAAGAGAUGGACUGGAUCGUGGGCCGUGUCCUGGACACCCUGGAUGAGCUGGGCCUGACCAAUGACACACUGGUGUACUUCACAUCCGACCAAGGGGCACAUGUGGAGGAAGUGAGCGCUGAGGGCGAGAUGCACGGUGGCAGCAACGGGAUCUACCGGGGUGGGAAGGGCAAUAAUUGGGAGGGUGGCAUCCGAGUGCCAGGCCUGGUGCGCUGGCCGGGCAUGAUCAAGCCCGGCGUGGAGAUCGAGGAGCCCACAAGCAACAUGGACGUGUUCCCGACAAUCGUGCGGCUGGCGGGUGGCAAGCUGCCCCAAGACAGGGUGAUUGACGGCCGAGACCUCAUGCCACUGCUGCUGGGGCACACCCAGCACUCAGAGCACGAGUUCCUGUUCCACUACUGCAAUGCGGAGCUGCAGGCUGUGCGUUGGCGGCCCCGCAACGGCAGCUCAGUGUGGAAGGCCUUCUUCUUCACACCCCGCUUCAGCCCCCCGGGCGCCAGCGGCUGCUUUGACACACAUGUGUGCCCAUGCAGAGGCUCUUCCCACCUGGUCCACCACGACCCCCCACUGGUGUUUGAUGUGGCUCGGGACCCCCGUGAGCGCAGACCCAUGACCCUGCAUGACGAGCCCCGCCUCCCCGACAUCCUGGCCACUGUUGUGCGUGCUGCACACAAGCAUGCUGCCUCUGUGAUCCCCGUGCCAGACCAGCUGUCCCUGGGGAACCUGGCUUGGAAACCAUGGUUGCAGCUGGUGGGGGCAUGGCAGAAGUGAAGCCCUGGGCGGGAUGGGUGAGGGGAACCAGGAAGUGAACCAGAAGUCAGAUGGGGGCAGGAACUGAUGUCACAGGGUCACAUUAUAUCACAGCAGGCACAGAAAAUGAAAACCAGGAAGUCAAGAGUAGACAGGAAGUGAUGGCAUUCGGGUCCAGGGAGUAAUCGAGGAGUCACAGGGACAUAGGAAGUGACAUAACCCAAUCAUAUCAUAUCACAAGUGCCACAGGAAAUGACUUCACAGGAUCACAUAUCACAAGGGCCACAGGGACUUAAUUGGUGUUCCUGGGUAAGCAGGAAGUUACGUUACUUGAUCACAUCACAUCACACAUGGUACAGGAAGUGACCUAACAUGAUCAUGUCAUAUCACAAGGGGCACAGGAAUUUAACAGGAAGUCACAUGGACACGGAAAGUGACUUGAUGGGGCCAGGAAACAAACAGUAAGUCACUGUGAUAAGCACAGUGAUUGAGCAGGUAGUCAUGGGGAACAAUAAGUGAUGUCACGUGAUAACAUUACCUCACAAAUUAUAUAGGAAGUAAAUUUAGUAGGGGUGUAGGAAGUGACGGGACAAAGGGGGCCGGUAUGUGGAAAUUAGUGACUAAGGCCUUGGAACAGGAAGUGAUGUUGCACGGGACAAGGAAGUGCCAAGGAUACAGAAAAUGAUGUCAGGAAGCGACCAGGACUGAGCUUCCGAGGACAGGACAGAGUCCUGACUUCAUUUACAUAUUCAGGAGUACACAUGCUAAUUGCCCAAUAAAGGCCAGCAACAUG